AUGGGGGCCGCCGACCGCAUCACCGACAACAAGAUUGGCGCCGUAGAGGCCAUCGACGCCAUCGUGAUCACCUUCAUCCGUAAUGGUCAAACGGAGACCAAGCACUUCGGUAGAAUCGAUAUCAAUCCCUACGUGAUUUCUCUGCAAGAGGACGAGUAUCUUGUGGGCGUCGAGGGGUCUAUGGAUACGAUGUGGGGAUUCACUCUAGUGAGGAACCUGACGCUGAGGACCAACAAGGACAGCUAUGGACCUUUCGGGUCCAGUGGCAGAAUACCUUUCUCCGUUCCGCUAGUCUCGGGUAAGAUCAUUGGCUUCUUUGGACGUGCGGGUGAGAAAUGA